GCUUUGGUUUUCUCUUGAGAGACACCUCAUCAUCUUCCCUUCGGUUCCACCCUUUAUAUAUACUUCUGAGAACAAAAUAAUCCCAUUUUUUAUUUAGCUAAAAUUGAAAUUCUUCCAAAAAAAAUACAUCCCAUCAAAUCACCUAUUUUUUCUGCUUAUAUCGCUAUCCAAAAAGUAAAAUAAAAGUUAAAAAAGAAAAAACGCUUGAUCAGUCUUUUGAUCUGAUACCCACUUGGUUACUCAUCUUGUUUGAUCAGAAUAGUAUAGAUUUCUUGAAAAAAAAUUCACAUGGGUUUUGAGGAAUCUUUGGGGCUCUUUGUCAUGUGUGAGGCUUGAAAUUUUUGUGAUCAGCUUCCAAUUUAAGUGAUUUAGAAAUCCUCCCAUUGCCUAAUUGGGGCACUGCAGAAUCUAGCAGUGCCCAUGGACGCUUCGACGAGUGGAACCUCGAGUGUUCAAUACCAUAACAUUGCUGAACAACCUAUUGCUGCUACUAUUGUAACCUCAACAUUUCAAAGACAAGUGCGGCACUGCUUUGGGAAUGUGACUCCUGGCGAAUUCCCAUUGUCAGCCAACCCGUCUAUCGUUCUUCAUGUGCUUACUGGAUGUAAUUUGGAUCCACAGGACCUUGCAACUCUAGAGGCUACUUGCUCUUUCUUUCUGCAGCCUGCUAACUUUGCACCCGAUAACGAGCUCUCCUUAGCAGAGCUGGCAGCUCUUGAUAUGUGCCGAAAAAGAGCUAUAUUUAAGCCAAUGACUCAGGAGCAAUGUCAUGAUCUGAAGCAAAAAUGUGGGGGCUCCUGGAAGCUUGUUCUAAGAUUCCUGCUAGCUGGGGAAGCAUGUUCCAGGCGGGAAAAAUCACACGCAGUAGCUGGCCCUGGUCAUAGUAUUGCUGUGAGUGCAAAAGGAGUUGCGUACUCAUUCGGGUCUAAUAGCUCAGGGCAGCUUGGAAAUGGAACCACAGAAGAGGAAUGGCGGCCUCACCCAAUUAGAUCACUUCAAGGCAUUCGUGUUAUUCAGGCAGCUGUUGGGGCUGGCAGGACUAUGCUGAUCAGUGACACUGGGAAGGUGUAUGCAUUUGGCAAAGAUUCGUUUGGCGAAGCUGAGUACGGCGUCCAAGGAAAUAAAGUAGUGACAACUCCUCAGCUGGUUGAAUCUUUAAAAGACAUCUUUGUUGUACAAGCUGCAAUUGGGAAUUUCUUCACUGCAGUAUUAUCAAGAGAAGGAAGGGUUUAUACAUUCUCUUGGGGAAAUGAAACUAAACUUGGUCAUCAAACUGAGCAAGCUGAUCUGGAACCCCGUCCAUUAUUAGGCGCAUUAGAGAAUAUCCCAGUGGUGCAAAUUGCAGCAGGAUAUUGCUACCUUCUUGCUCUGGCUUGUCAACCUAGUGGCAUGUCUGUGUAUUCUGUUGGUUGUGGAUUGGGUGGAAAGCUUGGUCAUGGAACACGAACUGAUGAAAAAGUCCCGAGGUUAAUUGAACAGUUUCAAACUUUGAAUAUUCAACCUGCAGUUGUUGCAGCUGGGGCUUGGCAUGCUGCUGUUGUAGGGAAUGAUGGAAGGGUCUGUACAUGGGGUUGGGGUCGUUAUGGGUGCUUGGGUCACGGUAAUGAAGACUGUGAAUCAGCUCCUAAGGUAGUGGAAGCACUAAGCAACGUAAAGGCUGUUUAUGUUGCUACAGGUGACUAUACAACCUUUGUGGUUUCUGAUGACGGAAAUGUUUAUUCAUUUGGUUGUGGAGAAUCAUCUAGUCUAGGGCAUAAUACUGCUGCCGCUGAAGCACAGGGUAACAGGCACUCAAAUGUUUUAUUCCCUGAAGUUGUAACAUCAUUGAAGCAGCUGAAUGAAAGAGUGGUGCAGAUAAGUCUCACUAAUUCAAUAUACUGGAAUGCCCACACAUUUGCAUUGACAGAAUCUGGUAAGCUGUAUGCAUUUGGCGCGGGCGAUAAGGGACAGCUAGGUGUGGAGCUCAGUGCCAACCAAACCGAAAGGGCAAUCCCGGAGAGGGUUGACAUUGAUCUCAGUUAAACAUUAGAUUAUUCCUUCUCUUUCACAUAUUUAUGCAUUGCUAGUUUAUAAUUCUCAUUAACCUCAUCGUGCGUUACAUCUGCUGUUUAAUUUCCAUCUGUAAAUAGAAACAAAUGAUUGUGAAGAAGCAUAGGUUUUUAGGAUCUGCACAAGUUUAACCUCCUAAGAAAUUGUUGGCUCUUGGCCACAAGCAGUAAAUAGUUGAUACAAUUCGUUAAGGUUGAUUUUUCACAAAGUACUCAUUUGCUCUGCUCA